ACCUUCGCACUCGUGCGAUGUUUGAGGCUCAAGCUUGUUAUUAUUAUUAGAUGAGUUGCAGCUGUACCUAAAAGUGCAAAAAUUGUGGGGAAAUUUGAAGCUUUUUCAAUUUGCAUUGUAGGAUUAUGUUUUGGAUCUGUUCACCAACUACCCUGAACACAUACAUGACUCAUUUUGACCAUGUGACUCUCUCGAUUGAUGCGCUUAUUAUUUAUCCUUAUUGGAUGCCGAGCAGUGCGUCCACCAUUUUGUUUUAUGCACAUAUUGUUCCGCACCGGAAGCGUCCAUUGUCAUCGGUCGCUAAGCUUCUUUUUGCGAUCGUUUUCACGCUCCCCCUGGCGACGUUCUGCGCUUCCCGACGCCAGCGUUCGUCGCGGGAAGCCGUCCAAUCACGUUUUUUUUUUGGGGCGCUGACGUAAUUCCCGCGAGGGCGUCGCGUGGCGUGCGCGGCAGUAGCAAAGCCGGACAGAUUGCGCGGACACAAAAGUGGACCAGGUUCCGUCCUCCGCACGGGAGCCGGCGUUGGAGUCGGACCACGAACGUGUCUGAAAACACGUUCGCCGCCGUUGACGGCUUGGGAAGUCAAAUAUACGCAUGUUAACUGGGGAAGUUGGCGGAGAGUUUGAACGACAAUCAUCGUUUUGUGCCGUGUUGCACUUUUUUUUUGGAUGGCAAAUUCUGCGCUUUUCAUAUUCGCCAUGGCUGCAAGCGCCAAUGAAACCAAAAGACGAUAAAACCAUCGCGGAACACGGGACCCGCAGGCAGAUCCGUUCCCUGACCACGACGGCGGCACGGUGGAUCAGCUGGAAAAGCGUCGGCCUCACAUUUCUGAGGUCCCCGGUUGGAUCCCGGACCCGCCUGCGUGGAGUUCGCAUAUCCUCCCCGUGCCUGGGAAAAACAACGCACAGCGGGGAGCUACGUUUGGGACACUUUCUUCCGUCGGCGGCGGCAUUGAGCUCGGCAGACUCCGGCGCUGCUGAGCUUUGGCUGGAUGACUUCAAUUAAAAAAAGGGCCCCGAGCGAGAUAAUAAUGAGACGGGGUGUGAUCGACAAGGAGCUGUGUCGCUACCUCAACCUGCGUUUCCAGAAAAGCUCAGUGGAGCACGAGUUGCAGCAGGUCACCCGGGACAACCUCGACCUCCGCACCAUCCCCUACACCACCAGGCAGCCCAAGGAAGGGGAGGUGGCCGGGGUGGACUGCCAUUUCGUCAGCGUCCAGCGCUUUAUGGAAUUAGAGAAAAGCGGAGCCUUGCUCGAGAGUGGAACCUAUGAAGAUAACUUGUACGGCACGCCCAAGCAUACCGCCGAGCCUGCCGCGCCGUCGCCUGAUGUAACGGGGCGGCUUCUUCGCGUGGAGGUCAAGCGCCAGCGCAACAAGUCGGUCAGCGACAUGGACAAGGCCAGCGUCGAGCCCCCGGAGGAGGAGGAGGAGGAGGAGGAGGAGGGAGAGGAGAGGCCCGCCGCCGUCAUCGUCAACGGCAUCGCCCUCACGCCAGAGUCGAGCGAACAUGAGGACAAGAGCGCAGCCGGCGAGGCUUUGGCCGACGCCCCGGCCGAGGCGGACCCCGGCCGGUCCCCGAAAAGCGUCGUCCUCCCCAAGCUGGAGGAAGGCGAGGAUCUGGGCCCGCUGCCCGACAACUGGGAGAUGGCGUACACGGAGAAAGGAGAAGUCUACUUCAUCGACCACAACACCAAGACCACGUCGUGGUUGGACCCGAGGCUCGCCAAGAAGGCCAAGCCGCCCGAGGAGUGCAAAGAGGACGAGCUUCCGUACGGCUGGGAGAAAAUCGACGACCCCGUUUACGGCAGCUACUACGUGGACCACAUAAACAGGAGGACCCAGUUUGAGAAUCCGGUUCUGGAGGCCAAGCGCCGACUCCAGCAGGAGCAGCAGAUGCAAAGUCAGGGGCUCUCCUCGCUGCCGCUUCCCGCCAUCUACAGAGAGAAGCCGCUGUUCACGCGCGACCCCACGCAGCUGAAAGGCAGCUUCCUGUCCACGGCGCUGCACAAGAGCAACAUGGGCUUCGGCUUCACCAUCAUCGGCGGCGACGAGCCCGACGAGUUCCUGCAGGUGAAGAGCGUCAUACCCGAGGGGCCGGCCGCCGCCGAUGCCAAGAUGGCCACAGGUGACGUGAUCGUGUACAUCGACGACGUGUGCGUGCUGGGCACCACCCACGCCGACGUGGUCAAACUCUUCCAGUCGGUGCCCAUCGGGCAGAGCGUGACGCUGGUGCUGUGUCGCGGUUACCCGCUGCCCUACGAGCCCGACGACGACGGCGACGCCACCAGCGCCGCCGUCAUCUCCCCGCUGGGCAUCGUGGACCAGCGCCCCCCGAUGGCCAACGGGCGCCCCGCUUACGACAACUACCUGGACUACAUUUCCUGCGGGGCCCGGUUCGCCCCGGAGGCCAGCCGGGAUCCCCAGCGGCCCCCGGACGCCCACUUGGACGCGCCGGACGCCGUCUCGGUGGCGUCGCAAGGCGAACUGCUGACGCUGACCCUGGUGAAGGGCACCGACGGCUUCGGGUUCACCAUCGCGGACGGCGCCGCGGGGCAGCGCGUCAAGCAGGUUCUGGAGCCCGGAGGGUGCCCGGGCGUCAGCGAGGGCGACCUGAUCGUGGAGAUCAACAAGCGGGGGGUGCUGGGCUUCACGCACGCCCAAGUGGUGGAGAUGCUCAAGGAGUGCGCCGUGGGCGCCGAGACGUGUCUGCUGGUCCAGAGACCGGCGCCAGAAUCGGGACCCCCGAGGACGACUUUUCCUGCGGACUCCUCCUCGGGAUCGGAGUACCAGGACAUGGAGGUGAACUUGCGGAGGCAGAAGUCCGGCUUCGGGUUCAGGGUCCUGGGCGGGGACGAGGCGGGCCAGCCUGUGAGUCCGGACACACGUGAGAAGAUCUUGAUCGGCGCCAUCAUCGAGAAGAGCCCGGCGGACCUGGACGGGCGCCUGCGGCCCGGCGACGAGCUCCUCUUGGUGGACGGCGUUACCGUGGUGGGCAAGCCGCAUCGCUACGUCAUCGACCUGAUGCACGCGGCGGCGCGCAACGGGCAGGUCAACAUGCUCAUCAGGAGGCGGAGGCAGGCCGCAGCCGAGUCGUGUCAGGAGAACGGCCGCCACUCGGGCUCGGUGUCCACGCAGCACAGCUCGCCGCGCAGCGACCUGACGUACGCCAACAGCGCCGACGGGGCCCCGCCCGCUAGCGGGCAACCCAGCGACGUCCUCAUCCACCGGAAGGAGAGCGAAGGCUUCGGGUUCGUCAUCAUCAGCUCGCUCAACCGGCCCGAGGCGCCCGCCGCCAACCCGGUGCCGCACAGGAUCGGGCGCAUCAUCGAGGGCAGCCCGGCCGACCGCUGCGCCAAGAUGAAGGUGGGCGAUCGCAUCCUGGCCGUCAACGGCCAGUCCAUCGUCAACAUGCCGCACGGCGACAUCGUCAAGCUCAUCAAGGACGCCGGCCUCAGCGUCACCCUGAGGGUCAUCCCGCAGGAAGGGGAAGUGAGCAACCCGCCGCCGGCGCCCACCCCGGAGAAGCAGAGCCCGCCAGCGCAGCGGCGCAGUCCCGAGACCCAACCGCCCUCUGCCGUCGGCUCACAGACCGCCCCGGGAGGCCCCGAUUCGGGCCAGUCCGACGCCAGGGUCCACCACAGCCCCGUCAGCGCCCAGCUGCCCGCACCCCCGACGCAGACGUACACCCACGAGGGGAGUUACAGAUCGGAGGUGAAAGCCCGACAGGAUGUGAAACCGGACAUCCGGCAGCCGGCGUUUACCGACUACCGUCAGCCGCCCGUGGACUACCGGCACCCCCCUGUGGCCGACUACCGCCAGCCGCCCACCCUGGACUACCGGCACCCGCCCCUCUUGGACUACCGGCCGCAGUACGCCGUCCCGGACUAUCGGGUGCCGCCGGUGCAGGUGAGCCAGAAGAAGCGGGACCGCCGAGCGAGUCCGUCGCCUCCCCGACGUCACGCGGGAACGUCGCCGCUUUGCUCGCAGCUCUCGCAGGACUUCGACUUCUUCACGGUGGAGCUGGAGAAGAGCGUCAAGGGUUUCGGCUUCAGCAUCCGCGGGGGUCGGGAGUACAAGAUGGAUCUGUUUGUCCUCCGCCUGGCGGAGGACGGCCCGGCGUUACGCAACGGCAGGAUGAGGGUGGGCGACCAGAUCAUCGAGAUCAACGGCGACAGCACACGUGACAUGACGCACGGCCGCGCCAUCGAGCUGAUCAAAUCGGGCGGCAGGCGGGUGCGCCUCCUCUUAAAACGGGGCUCGGGCCAGGUCCCCGAGUACGACAAUGGCGCCCCACGGGACGCUCGCCCUCCAGCCUCUCCAAGCCUGCCGGAAGUAGCGGCGCCGCCCGGGAGCGACGGCGGCAGGUCCGCCCGAGAGGGGCGCAGAGCCGUCCCGGGACGUUCCGCCGGGAGAAUUCCCCGAGAAAGCGGCUUUCCCGCCACUCCCGCUGUGCAUGCGAACGGGAAAAGCGGGCCGGGCCCGGAACCCGGGCGGGAAUCGGCGGCCGGGAAGUCCGCCCUCUCUCCGGGGCCCUGGAAGAUCCCCGGAUGGGACAAGCUUCCCGGCGCGCUGCGGGCGGGAACUUCGGCCAGAUAAACCGAUCCGGCGGGCUCCUCCUCCUUUUAUUUAUUUGACUACAGACUAAGUUAUUGGACACCCUCCACCUUAAAAACUGGACCUUCAUCCACCUUUCUUUGGAGAAAAAAAAAAAAAUCAGCCCAAGAAACGCAAGCAGCUUUUUUAUGAGAACUCGGACACAACGGGGUCUAUUUUCUCGGACUUUGCCUUAACCGGACCGCGCGGGCCCAACAAACGAUCACCGUGUAAACGGGACGGAAGGCUGAGAAAGGACGCCGACGAGGGCACAGAUGGAGUGCCUUAGGAAGGGGGGGGGGAAGUGGAAAGGGGCUGCCCGUAACCACGACGACCACACGCGACGUACUGCGGAAUUCGAUUACGUCGCGAGCUCGUGCGCUUUGGUGUCCCGCAGGUCCUGAACGGUGCCAAAACGGCUUCGCUCCUGUGCUUUUUUUUUUUUUUGUACAAUCGACUGCGCCGCCAACAGUUGCGCUCGGUUGCCACGGCGAUGAGGGAGGGCCCAUCAAGCACAACGUGGAAGCGUCUUUUGUCUUUUCCAUCACUUUUGUUGGGCAACAAAAACCAAAACGUGUGUGUGUCUGCGCGUGUGUGUGCGUGUGCGUGUGUGUACGUUGACGACACAGCUCAGAAUCACUGUGUAGUGUAAAACAAACUAUAAAGAAAAAAUAAUAACACGACUCGAUGUUCUCUCGGCGGUCACCAAGACAACUAUUUUUAUUAAUGAAAAAUGCAGCACUAUGAAGAUAUUAACUUUUUCGGAGGGGGGGGGCAGAAAUCUUGUAUGAUACUCUGAUGAAUAAAAGAUUGACACAACAACAAUAAAGAAAUGCAGGAAGUUAUUGUCUGCAAAUAUGAAACACAUGCUCACGUCAAUUCAUGUAAAAAAAAAUUUUUUUAAAUGUUCAUUUAUAUGCCGAAUUAACCGGGGUGAUUAAUUUCAACGCAGCAGUUCAUUUUCAUUUGGGGCGAGCGCCCCCCUUCGUGAAUAUUAGCAAAUACAUGUUAAAUUUUAAAUAUUUAGUUGUUCAGGUUCCUGCUUUAUUUUAUUCCACCAAACGCCAUGUUUAAUCUUAUAUGCAAAAGAAGAUGUUUAAAAUCAGACAAAGUCGCUCAACGAGCCAUUGUACAUGUAGAUUCUUAACUGUCCACACGAGGGCGCAAAUAAUGAAAAUGCCGUCAGUUUUACCCUUGAAUGGCCACUGGAGGUCAGUGUCAACUCACAUUUUUGGACCACUUGCGCGUUCUCGUCACGUUCAACUUUUUUCUUUUUUUGGGGGGGGG